AUUAAUAGAUUUAGAUGAUAGGAAAAAGGAGAUUACACAUUUUAUUAUAUAUCGUGUCAUCUAUACAUUAAAGGAAAUCGUGGAACUAUAUAUAUGAUAUGUGGAGCAGACUCGACAUCCCUAAUUAUUUCCCAACCUCCAAACCGUGUCUCUCCAAGAUCUUCCAUAAUCAACACGGUAUGGCAAGUUCAAACGAUAUUCGGCUUAAUGAUCCGGUUGUUCAUGAAUCGGGAACAACAUUGCAAGAUGCUUACAAACAAGGGCAAAGGGAAAUGAGGCUUCAUUACCGUGCCCUCCUUCGAAUUUUCAAGGAGCAUGUUGAAGGUGUUAAGGCUAGACAUCAGAUGGAGGUCGAGUUUGAAAGACUCCAAGCCAAGCUUCAGAUGCUUGACAAAGUUGAGAAGGUGUUUGGUCCGGUGAAGGAAAAGCAGAGGCUUAUAUGUGAGCUCGGACUUGCUCAUGAUAGGAUGCGAGAGGUGAAAGUGCCAAAUCCCGAUUGGUGCAAAUUGGGUGAAGCUUGGUUGGACGAUUGAUCUCUUCGAUCAAAUCCCAAAGUCCUAUCUUUUGAAACCAUUUUCUAAGAUGGUUUGUUUAAGUUGGAUCUAUGUCUCGGUUUAUGUUGUUGGUUUUCAACUUAGCUCUUUAUGUAUAAUUACAUAAUUAUCAUGCUCGGAUUAUGCUUUAUUUUGAUAUGAACCCUUUAUGUUUAAUUAUAUGACGUUUACAU